UCAACUAGUAUUAUAAUAAUCGCUUUUUCCUCUUUUAUGUAUCUACCACCAUAAUCACUUUUUUCCUCUUCUUAUUUUUAGCGCCAUUUUCAUCUUCCUCUCACUCAUUUCCUUCAACACACACCAAAUCCUCCUCUUUCUUCCUCCUUUCCAUAGAUACCUACAUUUCCGGUGAAAAAGCACUUAUUUUCAGCUAAACCCAUUUUCACCUAAACUCAUUUUCACCUAAAGUUUCAAUUUUUUCACUUUAUCAUGGCCAUUCAACCUAAACCCGAACCUGGGUCACCACCAGUUUCCACUUCCACAAACCCUAUCGAAAUCUUUGAACAAAAACCCAUUCCUGAUCUCAUUAAGGUUUUGCGCGGAACAUAUCAGUUUGAAACUUUUGAGACCGUUGAAGGUGUUUUAGUGAAUAGAGAUAAGAGAUUAAGAGAAAAGAUUCAACAGUUGGAAAAGACGUUUGAAUGGGAGAAAUUGCAGAUUCAAGAGAAGCUUCAAAUGGAGGUACUUUCAAGGAUACAGGCUGAAGAAGAGGUUAGGAAAAGAGAGGAACUUUGUGAGAAAGGGAAAAAAGUACAAGAGAGUUAUGAAGAUUUGUUGAAGGAAGUGAAGAUAAACGGUUUAGCUGAUAGUAAUAUGAUCAAAGAUCUAAGAAAGAAGAACAAUGAAUUGGAGUGUGAAGUGAAGAAUUUGAAGGAGAAAGGUGUUGAUGAUGGAAACAAGCUUGAUGUGAUAAGAAGAAAGAAUGCGGAAUUGGCGUCUAAUGUUUUGGAGUUGAGUAAGAUGAAGGAAAAGUGGGUGGAUAAUAGUAAUGAACUUGAUGCGAUAAGAAGAAAGAACUCGGAAUUGGAGUCUGAAGUUUUGGAGUUGAGGAAGUUGAAGGAAAAAUGUGUUGACGAUGGAAAUAAGCUUGAUGUGAUAAGGAGAAAGAACGCGGAAUUGGAGUCUGAAGUUUUGGAGUUGAGGAAGUUGAAGGAAAAAUGUGUUGAUAAUGAAAAUAAGCUUGAUGUGAUAAGAAGAAAGAAUGAGGAUUUGGAGUCUGAAAUUUCGGAGUUGAGGAAGAUGAAGGAAAAGUUGGGGGAAGAAAACAGUAAAUUGGCUCAUGAGAAGCGGAAGGUUGAAAUAUUAGAUAAGUUGUUGUGCACAAGGUUUAGAGACCUACAAGGAAGAGUAUCGAAGUUGGAGAGUGAUUCCAAACUUUGGAUGAAUGUUGAUGCUUCUGAUGGCGGAAACAGUGAGGGGGAGCCUCGUGCUAAUCACAUGGUUGCUGAUUUUGAAGAUAAUGGUGGAAACAAUGAGGAGGAGCCUUGGAUGAAUGUCGACGUCUCUGAUGGUGAAAAUAGUGAGGAGGAGCCUCGUGCUGAUCCAGAUACUGAUUUUGAAGAUAAUGGUGAAGAGGAUGACAUGGUGGAGGCUGCUCCUUUGCCAAGAAUUGAAGAUGCUCCUCACUCUCUCGGAGUUGCUGCCAGUACACAGCCACAGAACAUAGGGGGCAAUGAUGCUCAAGGUGCAUCGUCAGCUAAAGGAAGAGCGAAACUGGUUAAUGGUAUUGAGGUCAUAAACCUUGACGAUGAUGAUGACUACGAUGACGAUGAUUGUCGGACUGUAUCUCAAGGAGUACAUGGAAAGACCGCUAUUGUUGAAAUUGCUGUGAAGGAUGAGUAUCCAAGUUCAUCGGUGGCAACGCAACAAGAAAGCAAAAUCACCAAUGCAGUUGUUGACACGGUCAAAAGAAAGUUUCAUUUUGCUGAAAUCUCCAGUUCUACUUCUAGUUCCUCUGAUGAUUCAUCCUCACUUGAUAAUCUUACAAUAAGGUCUGUGGUAUCACAAGGAAAAAAGAAAAAACUGUAGUCAAGCUAGUGGAAGAAUGGAAAUGAUUAAGGAUACUGAUGAUGAUGAUCAUUGUAUGUCUCGAGGAGCACAUGAAAAGAAGGCUAUUUCUGGAUUUGCAGUGAAGAAUGAUCGUCCCACUCCAAGUUCAUCGAUAGCAGUUGAUAUAACCAAGAGAAAACAUUCUUUCAUCGAAACUGAAACCUCGAGUUCUGAUUCCUCCUGUGAUUUAUCGUAUCUCAAUAAUCUUGCAUCAAGGUUAUUGGAAUCAGAAGCAAAAAAGAAAAAACAAAAUUAGUCUGGUAGUCCAUGAUUCUUUAUCCUCAUGAAAUAUCUUGCAGCGAUCCUUUUGAAAAAUUAGUCAAUUUUUUUUAAGCUGUCCAAUGCUUAUUAGAUUGUUUUUUGACCGAGGCAGGCAGAUAAUACACUGUAACAGGAAAUAAUAUUAGAUUAAUAGUUUAUUUUAAAUAAUAGUUUAUUUUAUGUCAUUUUACAUUUUUAUCCUUUAGGGUUGUAUUUAAAGGCAUUGUGCCUCACUUUGAAAAUCAAUCAAUCAAUGAAUGAACAAUUAUCUUCUUAUCUCAAAACUCUCUCAUUUAUGUUUACAUAAUCUCAUUUGUACCGAAUUCUAUUCAAUUCAUUAGAAUUCCUACUUUGAGAUUAUGUUACGUAAGCAUGAGGUGUAGUUCUAAAAUUGGUUUUGUAAAGGUUGGAGAGUUGGUUGCAUUUGUUCUUGGUUUAUUGGUAAACCACAUAUUGAACUUACAUGUGAUUAAUCAGAUAACAAGCUUUCAACAAUGCUCUCUUCUUAAUGUAUGCUGCUGCAAUUGUCAUCCAACAUAUACUACCUUGGCUAAUGGAAAAAGAAUGGUGUUUUCUAUUUAUUGGCAUCUUGCUCUGAAGCUAUUCACAACACCUAUAUUUGUGGUUGCUGCACACUAUUCACCAAGGCGGUCUCAGCUAGUUUUUUACCGGUUUACUUGUGUGGCUAUUUUUCACAGAAAGAUGAUCAACUGGGGGAAUGUUCCAGAUGCUAAAAUUCUAAUCAAAUGGAAAGAUUUGCCUCAUAAACAUGGCACUUGUGAUUGUUCAUCCUUGAGGACAAGGAUGUUUGAAGGGGAGGGUAUUGUAACAGGAAAUAAUAUUAGAUUAAUAGUUUAUUUUAAAUAAUAGUUUAUUUUAUGUCAUUUUACAUUUUUAUCCUUUAGGGUUGUAUUUAAAGACAUUGUGUCUCACUUUGAAAAUCAAUCAAUCAAUGAAUGAACAA